AAUAUUAAACUUGACACGUGUUUUGCGGAUAUGCAUUCACGUAGAAGAGGGCGCAACAUGAGUCAUCCACGUCAAGCCUCAACAAAGAAACAUGCAGCGUUGUCAACGUCAUCGUCAUCGUCAUCCUACUUAACCUGCGCUGUUCCUUUUGUGUCUCCGGCAACCUCAGCUGCAUGCUCAAUUGUUAUUAUUAUAUUCAUAGAUAUAUAGAUAGGUGACUUUGCGUAUUGAAAUUUUGUUGAGUUGAAGAGAGUUUGGAGAAAAUGAGUGGGGAGUUUGAGGGAUAUGAGCGGCAGUAUUGCCAACUUUCAGCUAAUCUAUCAAAAGCAUGCAUAGCAGCUGCUCCUCUCGAUGGAGGGUGCUAGAGCAAAAGAAACAAAAAAUUUCAGAAAUAAAGGAGGGAAUUGAGGAGGCAGAAGCUUUGAUUCGAAAAAUGGACCUUGAGGCAAGAAGUUUACAGCCGGACCUUAAGACUCUGCUUCUUGCUAAGGUGCGGGAGUACAAAGCAGAUCUGAACAUCAUUAAAAGAGAAGUGAAGAAAAUUGUAUCUGGUGACUUAAACCCUUCUGUACGGGAUGAGUUGUUGGAAUCCAACACGACAAAUGUUAUGAUGGCAUCAGCUGAUCAUAGAGAAAGAUUAAUGGUAUCAACUGAAAGGUUGAACAAGUCUGGUGACAGAAUUAAGGACAGUAGAAGAACAAUGCUGGAAACAGAAGAGUUUGGCGUUUCGAUUCUUCAAGAUUUGCAUUCACAGAGACAAUCUCUACUGCAUACACAUGAUUCGCUUCAUGGAGUGGACAAUAACAUCAGCAGGAGCAAGAAAAUUUUGUCUAACAUGUCAAUAAGGAUGAACAGGAACAAGUGCAUCUUGAGCACCAUUGGUGUGGUCCUGAUUGUUGUUAUCAUCUUGAUUCUAUACUUCAAACUUUCAUAAUAGCUUUCCAAAUCAUUUCUAAUUUGGUCAUGAGACUUGGUCCAUUCUCAAUUUUCUAUUACAAGUAAAUUGACAGUGGUGACAUACCUAAUAGCAGUGAUACAAUGACUCCUUCAGAAAAUGACAAACUCGAGGGAUGUUUUGUCCUCCUUUGUUUCCUCAA